CUCAACCCUACUUUCUCUCCCGUCGCGCGAGAAUUUCGUGCAUGUCAGUGCGCGUGUAUUUGACGUCACUGCGCUUCUCGUCACUUAGAGCCAGCAGAAGGAAGUAGCCGCUAGUGACGGUGCAAAGAUGAAUACCAGAGGGCUUGGAUCUCAGAUGAAGGACUGCAUUUCAAUUCCUGAUUUUUCAGCUAGUGGAACAUUUGAAAGUCAUGAUGUGAUACACAGCGGUUUUCCACAUGUGAAGAGUGAACUUUUUCCUGUUCAUCCUUUGGAACUUUCAGAGAAGAAUUUUUCCUUAACUCAAGAUAAAAUGAAUUUUUCAACUCUGAGAAAUAUUCAAGGGCUACAUGCGCCACUGAAGUUGCAAAUGGAAUUCAAAGCAGUGAAACAGAUCCAGAGCCUGCCUUUCCUUCACAGCUCUAAUCUGGCACUGGAUAUCUUGAAAGGCAAUGACGACUGCAUUGGAUUUGAAGAUAUUCUUGGCGAUCCUGCACAAAAUGAACUAAUGGCAGAGCCUCAUUUGAUGGUUGAACAUAAACUUGGUUUAUUAUAAUACUUACACAUAGCUUUUUUUUGUUCAUUAUAAGAUUCUUACUUGUGUCCAUGAGGGAUGAAAUAAACUAUAUUAAAUGAAAAUGAAACAACGCUUGUUUUGAUACCCAGUUUCUCACCAACUCAGUGAAAAAAGCACAAUGUUAUAAUCAUCUUGUUCUGCCAAAUGUCUUAUGAGUUGGUUUAAGAAAAGGAUAUAUGACUAUCUCCAACAUUAUAGCAGCUCAUAUUUAUAGUUAGAAAAGGCCAUACAUCAAAAUAUAUUCAGAUAUAGGAAAUUAUGAAAUUGUUAGGAUUGGAAAAGAAGAAGAACUUUUUGCAAUUUUAAAGCAAGAAAUUUGCAGUUAAUUUUUUUUUGCUCCUGAUGGUUGAUGUCUUUUAAACAAUAAAUAACAUUUUCAAUAAGCA